AGUAGUUUAAGCCAUUUUUAGUAUGAACGAGAGACGUUUUUGGUUGACUUUGUUUAAAAGCAUACUUCGCCGAUCCGCCUUUACGUGGAAAUUUGAGAAGAUUUAACUUUCGGUGCUAUUUGUGCAAUAAUUCAACAAUAGUUGCAGUGUUCUCCAAUCAACACUUUAUAAACUGACAAAGACCAACAAAUUUGGUUGGAUACUAGUUUUUUAUCGAACGUUUUUCACCUUAAAGGUUAACUGUCAAGCAUACUCUGGAAGGUGAUAGCACAAGAUAAGGUGAUAGGUCUAGGAGUACGCGGAACAUAAACAGGACAGUAGAAGAGCCUGCUAAAAGUUAUCAACAACUAAAACAUAUAUUGAACAAAUAUAUAUAUAUAUAUACUUUCAUAUAGAUAUAUAUAUAAAUAUUUUUAGUACACCUAAUUAAAAGGAAUAACAUCAAACACCGUGUUCCGGACAGGCAAAAUACCGAUUCUUCAACAGCUCAAAGGAUAAAAUAAAUAUAUUUUUUUGCCAUCUUUCACCUUUGAAUAUUAUCUCUCUUCCCUGAUCGUAAAUUCGAUCAUUCUAUCUGCAUUAUUCAAGUGAAUGCUCAGAUUGUUGACCGCGGUUCUGACUUCGUUUUAUAUAAACCUGGAAUUUGGCCAACUGAUUUAAUUCUGCGUUGAUAUCUUUUUGCACAUUUGAAACUAAUAUCAUAUAAUUAAAUUUGACUAACUAACACGAAAUAUUAUAAAAACUCUAAUGGUUACUUAAGAAAAUGAUACCCAGCCCAAAGAAGAGAUAACUAUGAUGGAUAAUUCAGAAAAGCAUGUACGCUGGGGAGAGCAAUUGGAGGCCCCGCCAACUAGGAGGAGUGAUGGUUCUAGACCAAUCACGCCCAUUAUUAAACGCAGAGGAUUUGCGGGAAACGAAAGAGCAAGGAGUAUUAGUGAACCAUCAUCGCCUGUUGUGCAUGGUAAGUUCUUCACGUUUAACAAAGACGGCGAAAAAGUUACUUUAUUAACCGAUCAUAAAUCAGAAGAUUCAAUGAACAACAAUACCGAUGAGGAUCAAACUUAUAGAACGGCUAGUUUUCUGAAUUUUGAACCACCUAAAGCUGCCAAACAUGUGCAUAGGAAAGAAGUGAAGAGAAAGCCAAGGAAUAAUUCAGUAGGUAAUGCAGUGACCACUAUUUGGAAUGAGCAAGAAACGAAUGACAAAGGGAAUGACUCUGUAGCCACAGGCACUGGCCUGGCGAAUCGAUAUUCAAACUCAGAUAAUGCGGACAAUAUUGACUGGAAUAAGAAAAAAAAUGAAACCAUGAGGUCACCUACCCCAUCCGCUCUCGACAAUUUUUCUCAAAUAUUCUCUAAAGAUUGUCCUGGUAUAAUGGCUCAAAUAAAUAAUAAGGAAAUUAAUCCAGACAAUCUGCCAGAAAGAGAUGAAAAUGCUAUUAAAGAAUUUUUAACCAAACAAUAUCCUCCUAAAUCACCAAAGUCGCCUUCUUCGCCGUCUCUUUCAGAGGCCAGUAGUGAAGCGAGUCGUUCAACGGCUGGGUCUGAAAAAGUGUUGACCAGAACAAGGCGAAAGAAAAAACAGAAAAGCAAAACACCUAAUGUGGCUAGCAUGUUGUUUGUUGCAGAUCAACCUUCUGAAGCAGAGAACUUAUGGAAGCAAUAUUGUGAAACGAGCAAAAUUUCGAAACCAGAAACAACUCUAACUCAAGAAGAUUAUAUAACAAGGAGCAAGAUUUUGAAUAAUCAAUGGAAAGCUCUACAACUCAGUUACAACAACGCCAAUAAUAAUAAUAACAUCAAUAACAAUAAUAGCGACAGUGAAACAUCUCCAACUGCCCAUCGCACGGCAUUCAGUGAUACUGAAGCAUCGGACGAAAACCUUCAAAGGAAUUGGAAAAGGUUAUCUCUAAGAAGUAGGCGGUCGCCAAACAGUAAAUUACCCGUAUUACAAGCGUGGGAUUCUAAAAAGGAGAGACAAGGUAACAAAAUACCUAUGAUUAUUAAUAUUUAUUUUCCUCAGUAG